AUGGCGCCCCCGAAGGAGGCUUCGUCGGCACUCUCACUACUUCUACUCAUCUGGCACUUCACCGAGAGUAACUUUCCGACUUUUGUACUCCCCAACUCGGCUUUCGGAUUACUCGCAGCCCUCGCAGCGCCUCUGCUCACCGACUGCCCUGAGCGCCCAUCCAACUGGACUUUUCUCUACCGCGCACUCGCAGUGAUCGUCUUCAACUGGGCCAAUGUUUUCGUAUUCGACCUGGCUAAUCAGCGCCUCCCGGAGUCGAGAUUGGAGGACCAACUGAACAAACCGUGGCGACCCCUGCCCACCGGACGCAUCAGCCCGGAAACGACCCGUCGGUGGAUGCUGAUCACCAUUCCCAUCGUUUUAACUGUCAGCGCCAUCCUCGGAGUGGCAACGGAAAGCGCCUUCAUCAUGAUUCUGACCUGGCUUUACAAUGAUCUACGUGGUGGAGACGAAAUCAUCCGAGAUGGGAUUAUCGCAUGUGGAUACGCCUUAUAUCUGACCAGCUCCCUGCGCAUCGCCUCCGGUCUGGGCUACCAUAUCUCGGAACAUGGAUAUCGCUGGAUUGCUAUGAUGAGCGGUGUCAUCUUGACAACGAUGCAGGUGCAGGACCUCAAAGACCAGGCCGGAGAUCGGACUCGAGGACGAAAGACUCUUCCCCUUGUGCUUGGAGACACGGUCUCACGUUGGAUCAUCGCCUGUUUCACCUUGUUCUGGAGCAUCUCGUGUUCCUACUUUUGGAGGAUGUCUCUGUGGGGAUAUGCAUUGCCGAUGCUGACAGGCAUCGGAGUCGCAUCCCACGUGGUAAGCGGGUCUCACGAUACGCGAGCUUGGCGAUGCUGGUGUGCGUGGCAGGUGGUGGUUUAUGCAUUGCCCUGGUUGGCCUCGAUGCAGAACUGA